UGCUUCCAAGUAUUUGACACAAAACAACCAACUGAGUGCAACAUUUUGCGGCGUUUGCUAAAAAAAUAUAAGAGAUAAAGUGUAAACAAUUAUUUUGCUAAAAAAUUAUAAUAAAAAAUAAUAAAUAAAAAGCAUUUAAAAAUAUUAAUAAGAAAAAACAAAGAAAAAUAAAAUGCCUCCCAAAAAAGCCACCACAAGCAAAAAACAACAAACAAAAUUAGCAGCAUCUGUAGCAGACGCCGCUAAAUUGACCAAUAAUGAUGGCGAAAAAACGAAAAUUGAAGAUUUAUCAACUGAAGCCGAAAAUUUGCCCAACGGUUCCGCAUUGCAGGAAGAGGACAGUAUUAAGGAUAAAACAAAACCCAAGGCCACAAAACGCGCUAGUGGUCGAGCAAAAAAUGUUGCCAACGAGUUGGAAACAGAAGCUCCUGCAGCUGCUGCUGUUAAGAAGCCUUCUGCAAAGGGAAGAGGAGGUAAAAAGAAAACGAAUGAAAAUGAGGUUAUAGAGAAUGAAAUAGAUGCUGCAAGCGUAAGACAAGAAGCUGAAGAAGAAACAUCAGCAAAUAAUGAGGUAGAACAAGAACAGGAUGUAGCAAAGAAGCCGAAGGGAAGAGGUGGUGGUGGUGGUAAAAAGACUGAAACAAAAGCUAAGAAAACAGCUAAAUCGAAGGAGCCGAAACAAGCGGAAAGUGUACAGGAAGAUGAGGCCAGCACUCAAGCAGAAGAAGUUGAAAAACCCGAAAAGAAAACCAAGACUAAGAGCACAAAUAAGAAAAAGAAACUGGAGGAAGAAGUUGAAGUAAAGCAAGAAAUAGAGGAAGAGGUGGCGUUGGAAAAAGUUGAAAAAGCUUCUAAAAAAUCUUCCCGGAGUUCUAAAAAAACCGAAGACUUAGCGGCUGAUAGUGAACCUCCAAAGAAAAAAGGAAGAGGAAGUAAUAAAAAAGAAAGUGUAGCCCAGAAAGAAGAGGAGGGAAAGACAGAGGCAGAGGUUGAAGUUAAGCCAGAGAGUAAAGAGAAGAAAUCGACAAAACGAGGACGAGGCGGAGCCUCUAAAACGGUGAUUAAAGCCGAAGAUGAAGAAACCCCUGCAGCCAAUGGUGAAACAGAGGAAGUGCUACCAAAAAAACGCUCUCGCAAGGCUGCCAGUGUGGAGAAAGAAAUUGUUACAGAAAAACCUAAAAGAGGACGUGCUAAGAAAGCGGAUAAAUUGGAAAAGUUGACAGAAGAGCCCGCCUCUAAAGAGGAACAUGAAAUUUCAAAUGGACAAGUUAAACAGGAGAAGAUGGUAGAAGAAGAAGAAUCCCCUAGUAACAGCAAUAGUAACGCAGAAACACCGGCAGAGACUACAGCUCCAGCAGCAGCAACUACAAAAGCUCGAGGUGGUCGCAAACGUGCCGCAACGUCAGCUAACAAGAAAAAACCGACGAAACCGGCUGCAGAUGAUGAUAAUAAUGUAGACGACGAGGAUGUGGAUAAUACCGAAUUGGAAGACGAUGCGGUGGACGGUUCGAAAUGUAAGUUAGAUAUGACGUGCGGCACGCAACUGAAAAAACUAUUAUUUUCCUGUUUUACAGCUUCUAAAACGAAAAAGAGCAAAACGGACUCGACGUCGGCACCACUAAAUGCCACCGAAACAAAAUAUGUUAAAGAAGAUUUCGAUUUACCACCACCAAACGAAGGACAAACGGUAGAAGAGCCUCGUUUUAAUUUGAAAAUUUCCAGCUGGAAUGUGGCUGGUUUAAGAUCGUGGCUCAAGAAGGAGGGCUUAAAAUAUUUGGAAUAUGAAGAACCCGAUAUAUUUUGUAUGCAAGAAACUAAAUGCACAACAGAUCAAUUGCCGGAAGAAGUGGUACGCAUACCCGGCUAUCAUCCCUAUUGGUUGUGUAUGCCGGGUGGUUAUGCGGGUGUAGCAAUUUAUUCCAAAAUCAUGCCCAUUAAUGUGGAGUAUGGCAUUGGUAAUAAGGAAUUUGAUGAUUGUGGUAGAAUCAUUACGGCCGAAUAUGAAAAGUUCUUUUUGAUUAAUGUUUAUGUACCCAAUUCGGGUAGAAAACUGGUUAAUUUAGAGGCACGCAUGCGUUGGGAGAAGCUAUUUCAGGAGUUUGUACAAAAACUCGAUAGCCGCAAGCCGGUGGUUAUAUGUGGUGAUAUGAAUGUAUCACAUCAAGAGCAUGAUUUGGCAAAUCCCAAAACUAAUACACGUAAUGCUGGCUUCACCAAGGAGGAAAGAGAUAAAAUGACUGAACUUUUAGCUCUCGGUUAUGUCGAUACCUUUAGACAUUUAUAUCCGGAUAAGAAAGGAGCCUAUACCUUUUGGACUUAUAUGGGUAAUGCUCGGGCUCGUAAUGUGGGCUGGCGUUUGGAUUAUUUUAUUGUCUCAGAACGUUUUCUUAAACGUGUCGUUGAUAAUUGUAUACGUAGUCAGUGUAAGGGUAGUGAUCAUUGUCCCAUUACUUUAUUUUUGAAAUUGUAAUUUGUAACUUACACAAGUAUUGAA